AUGUGCAACUUCAUCAAAGCCAACGGAGAACAGUGCAAGCUUGCUCGCAACAAAGAUCGAUGCGGGAAACAUCAGAUUAUUGCAGUUGAACAAAAUAAUCUUGAGAUCAGUAUAGUAGAAGAAAUGUCGCCACAAGUCAAUACUCCAGUCAUUGCCGAAGUUGUUGAUACACCAGCGCCAUCGGUAAUCAAGCCCGUCGAGGUCUCGAAUGUCGAAGUAUGUAAAGUUCCAGAAUUGGAUCAGUCGAUUGUCGAACCGGUGAUCGCGGAAGGGGUGGUAUAUAAAGAGGAUCAAAGUUCGGAUUUGGAAUUAAAUAAUUCGAUUGAUGAGGAUGAGUUCUUCUUUGAGAAUUAUAUUGAAACAGAACGUUUCAUUCAGUAUGAUGUGAAGGAAAAUUCGCUAGAUGCCACGGCAAUCAUUGGUGCUUUCGACGAAUACUUCAAUAGUAAAGGCCUGGAUAUCGCUGAUUCAGAAAAGACAGACAGAAGGGCAUUUUUAGAUGGAUAUCGCUAUUGCUUUUAUAUCCAGCAAGGCAGUAAGACAUUGGUUCAUUAUUAUUGCAAGAGCCAACAAAUGAUGACGAACAUUCCAAUCAUGCUUGAUGAAGUUAAUGUCGCCGAGUAUUGCGUGCAAUAUGGACUCUAUGAUUCCCGCCUCUACAAACUUUGUUGUAUGAUGAAGCGAUCGUGGUUCAGUGAUAAUAACAAUACUUGGAACUUGGCUGGUAUGCUAUAUCGCAAGCAACAUGUCGAACUUGGAUUGAUGCGGAAGACAUAUCUGUGUAUUUUGCAUUCCAUGACCAAUCGAUUUGAUCAAGCUGCUGCGUUAAAAGUAUUCAAUGAUUGGGAAACAUCCAAAUAUCAUCCGAAGCUAUCUGAGUCUCAAAUCAAAUCCAUUGCUGGUGGAACUGAUCCAGAAGGAUACAAGCAAUGGAAAUCAGAGUAUGAGCCAAAGGAACUCAAAGAAAAGAAAGGCAAAGACGAAGACAAAACAAAACAAGAUGACUUGACUGUUCCUUAUUAUCCUAAGUUUAAUAUCUACUACGAAAAGGGAGAAUUGCCGCCAAUCUUCGAUUGUAAGAACACAGAAACGUAUCUUGAUGUUAUUAGUCUGAAGAAAGAAGCCAUCACAAUGGAAAGACUCUACAAGUUUAUCAAAAACAACAUUGCUUACAUUUUGCAAGGGGGGAACGGAUACUACUUGACUAAGAAUCGAGAUGCUUUCGGAGACAUCGAUUACACAGUUAUCCCCCGUAUCAAUCAAUUCGAUAUGAUGUUC